CUCCUCCUUCUUUCUUACAGAAGCAGCUGAGUUUAGCUCUGCUGAACUUCACCUCCUGCUUCACUUGGCUCUAACAUCAGCACACUUCUUCUCCCUUUCCCCAUUUUUUUAGCUGUGGGCACAUUUGGAAACGAGUUUCUGCCUGUGAACAUGGCGAUGGUCAGCUUGUUACUGAGCAUCCUCUCUGUUUCAGGAGCUUUGGCUCAAUGUUCCAGGAAUCCAGACCUCUUCAUUACUGCACCACAGAAGAUGGAAGCACUGAGAGGAUCUUGUUUGCAAAUCCCAUGUACCUUUAGACCUGAAUCUGAAGGCUUUGACAGUAACAGAGCUUCCUUUGGAGUGUGGAUUAAAAACGACUCCAGAUUUGACCAGAAUCGGGACAACGUGAUUUUCAAUGGUACUGGGACAGUGAACAAAUAUGCAGCAAACAUCACUGGAAACCUGAGUCAGAAAAACUGCACCACUCUGUUUUCCAGUUUAACCACAGCUAACACAGACAGUUACUUCUUCAGAAUCGAGAACGAGCGGUUCAAGGCGACAGCUUCGUGUCACCCUGUUCAAAUAAAUGUUCGAGAUUCUGCUCCGAGCCCCAGGAUUCACAUCUCAGGUGAUCAGAAGGAGAAUGAGUCUGUGGGUAUCACCUGCUCAGCUGUCUCUCCCUGUCCACAGUCCCCUCCCACACUCUCCUGGACUCUCCGACAUGAGUCUCAGAACAAACUGGAGCAAAACACAGAUGGAACCUUUACAGUUAAAAUCCAGGAGACCAUCACUCUGUCAGACAAAGAUGAUGGACGCAGCAUCUCCUGCUCUGCCAUGUAUCCUGUGAAUGAAGGGACAGGUGUCUCACCAGCAGAGGGCAAAGUGACUCUCAGUGUCUCAUAUGUCCCCAAGGACACCUCAGCAUCCAUCAGUCCAUCAGGUGGGGUGUCAGCAGGUACCCGGGUGAACCUGACCUGCUCCAGCAGAGCCAAUCCUCCCAUCAGCCGCUUCACCUGGUUCAAGCAGACCACAGGUGGAUCCAUCAAUGUAUCUGAACGAGACAUUUACAGUUUCAACGCCACAGAUGAAGGAGUUUAUUUCUGCGUGGCCACCAACGCCCUCGGUAAUCAGACGUCACCAACGAUCCGUCUGAAUUUUAACGAUUCUGCUCCGAGCCCCAGGAUUCACAUCUCAGGAUCUGAUGAUCUGAAGGAGAAUGAGUCUGUGGGUAUCACCUGCUCAGCUGUCUCUCCCUGUCCACACUCCCCUCCCACACUCAACUGGACUCUUAGACAUGAGUCUCAGAACAAACUGGAGCAAAACACAGAUGGAACCUUUACAGUUAAAAUCCAGGAGACCAUCACUCUGUCAGACAAAGAUGAUGGACGCAGCAUCUCCUGCUCUGCCAUGUAUCCUGUGAAUGAAGGGACAGGUGUCUCACCAGCAGAGGGCAAAGUGACUCUCAGUGUCUCAUAUGCCCCCAAGGACACCUCAGCAUCCAUCAGUCCAUCAGGUGUGGUGUCAGCAGGUAACCUGACCUGCUCCAGCAGAGCCAAUCCUCCCAUCAGCCGAUUCACCUGGUUCAAGCAGAUCCCAGGUGGAUCCAUCAAUGUAUCUGAAGAUGGCGUUUAUGGUUUCAACGCCACAGAUGAAGGAGUUUAUUUCUGCGUGGCCACCAACGCCCUCGGUAAUCAGACGUCACCAACGAUCCGUCUGAAUCUGAACGGUUCAGCUGAUGGUAGAUGGGAACCAGUUCUUGGAGGAAUCUUUGGCAUCAUCCUUCUCGUCUGCCUGGGUCUCUGGGUUUGGCGUUUAAAGAUGCAUCCAGCUGCACAGAAGACUCAGAGUCAAACAGCUGAAGAGCUGCCCGCUGAAGACUCAGCCCGGAAAACAGAGGAGGAGAACAUCCACUACGGAGAGAUCAACUUCUCCAGGCUGAGACCUGAACCGUCCUCUGUCUCGCUGCAGGACAGUGGACAGCAGCAGGACACGGUGUAUGCACAGGUCAACGUGUCCCAGACAGGAAAGAGACCCACACAGACCGCUGACGGCCCAGAGGACAUCUACUCUCAAGUGAAGAAAAAAUGAGUGUAGUUUGGUCUGUGUGCAGACAGAGGUCACGUCUGAGCAGAGUUCAUGUUAAACGUGUUUUUAUUUUUAUUUAAACAGUAAAUUUUUCUGUCAGUUCAUGUAAAAUAAGUCUCUGGCUUCUUACGUCAGUUAUCAACAUCCUCAUAUUCAUGUGUUCACCUCACACAGCUUCAAAUAGACAAACUAGCUGGUGACAGUGAAACAUUUCGCUGACGAACUAACUUGAUCUUGGUGCUUUACCUCCCCCUGCUGGACAGGCUGAGUCCUGAUGGUGUAUUUACUUCAGUGUUUCUGAUUCUUUCUCCUUCUCCACAGAAAAAUAUCAACACUCCACAUCAGUUAUGUGACAGUUACGAUACACAUAUGUAUCAGAGAAACGGCUUCACCUCUUGUACAUGAGGCUAAAGAAGAAACAGAACGUUUCACUUUCCCCAAAUCGUCUUUUAAUAUUUAGGAAGUGUUUCAUUCAAACGUCUCUUCCUCACCGAAUCACUUUUACAGGAAAUAAAAACUUGAUUGCUUCACACAAGAGCAGAAGCUUUACACACUUAAACAGUGUCACUGAAACGGAACAACACUGUGAUGCACGGUUACAGAUUCAGUCCCACUGGGACCAUCGCCGACAAAGCUCUCAUCAUACAGUCAGUACAAAGGUGAACGGCUGAAUGUGCCAAUGUGAUUCGAGUGUUUGACUUUCUGUGAUUAAAACGGAAAAGUUUGAGUCCGGGUGAAGUCGGUGUAGAUGUGAACAUACUGUACAAUAAAAGAGUGUAAUUUACAACCUGCACUGAGUGUGACUCCAUCACCGAGUUAAGACAGACAAACAAACAAUCAAACAAUCAAACAAAC